ACCACCCCAAAGAAAAGAUACACCAAAACCCCUCAAAAACCAAGCUCCCACUCAAAUCCUCCCAAACAGCCAUAAAUCUGCUCCUAUUUGUGCUCUUACUUGUACCAACCUUAUGGACGUCCCCUUUGCCCUUCCCAACGGAUGGAGAAUUACUGAUAAACUCAACAUACACGUUGACUUACAAUUUCCCAUCCUCUCCUAGAUCUGCCUAACAACCAUGGCAGACUUAUGUAUGCCAAAAUUGAAAGAAUUUGCCCUCCCUCCUCCUCAUGCACCAUGCCUUUAGCAUUCCCAAAUAAUGGUACAAACGAUAUAGCUGAAAUGAAAGAUAAUGGAGAUGGAACAUAUUCUAUUGAUAUUUUGGCACAAAAUUUAGGCAAUGCUCAGAUUCAAGUGAUGGAAUAUCUCCACCAAGAUGUCCAGGCUAAUUUUUAUAAAAAUUUUAAUAUCAAUGAAGGCAUUGAUUAUUCAUGCCUAUUUGAAAACAUUGAUUUAUCUUACACUGGACUUAUACACUGCUUGACAACAACAUCAUUAUCAAGUGAUAUUUAUGACUGCGCAGCGACAUUUCGAGGAACGCUUACCCCCUUCCAUGCAGGGCCUACAUCAAUGAUGCUGAUUCAAGACGAUAAGGCUGAUCUGUAUAUUAAUGGACAACAUAUAAGCCAAAACUCUGGCCAACCAGACAGUGACAGAUACCCCUCUCCUUACACUUCCGACGGAUUCAAGAAUUGGAUUCGCAGCUCAAGAGAUAAUAAAAUAUAUUUUGUAUUUGAAAAUCAACCAUUUCAUCAAUAUGUAAUUGAUAUUACUUGGGCAGAUGUUCGAGGAAAUGCAAGACUUGCUCUUUACUGGAAUAUUGGUGAAGGAUAUGUCCCUAUACCAAAAUUAAAUUACGGAUCUUUCAAUAACAGAGACGCCCCAAUAUCAACCAAAGUGUCUUGCCCUCCUAAAUACGAACAGAUGCCGACUACUAUAAACCAGUGCAGACUCACCUGUGGCAAUGGCUUUAGGAAUGGAACAGAACCUUGUGAUGAUGGCAAUAUUAUUGGAAAUGACGGUUGCGACAAAGAUUGCCAGAUAGAACCAGACUGGCAAUGAGAAUACACUAAGGAAGGCCCUUCAGUCUGAGAAUACCAUUGCCCAUAUUGACCAGAAGAAGGAGAGUUUAAAAUAAAGCAAUUUCAAAAGAAAUCAAAUGAUACUUGCCAAACUUUCUGAAAUACAAGUGAUCUGGUAGAGGUUGAGUACGAAAUAAAGUGAUGGGGACAAGAUCACCAUAAUAAAAGCACAUCUUUUGCUGCUGUUGGGAUUAAUUUAGGGAACUUGACAAUCAAUAAUACAAAUAUGUCACCCGAUUUGAAGAACUACAUAUGAAGUUUUACAGGAAGACCAAACUUUACGGGGGUUCAUUCAGGAUACUCUCACACAACAACUUUUAAAAUCCCAGAGAGAGAUGGAAAAGUGUCAGAAAAUAAAGCUUUAGACAUCCUGUCGACAAUAUUUCCUAUCAUUUUAAUAUGAGCAAUAGCAUUUAGUUUGAUCACUUCACUUCUAUGAAAAUGCUCUCCUUCUGGAGCCUUCAUUUUGAUAAACUAUCAUCAGCUCUUAAUGCUACUUUUAUUAGUUGAUACUUACAUCCACCCAGAUGUCAGAUUUUUAAUUGGAGAGGCCAGGUUCAUAAUGCUUGACUUUCAAUUUCUUGGAAAAUGUUUCAAUGCAAUGUUUUUAAUUUCAGGAUUUAUCAUAGGUACUAACCUAGAGAAUCCUAAUCAAGCUGCCAAGAGGCUAAAAUACAACUCAGUCAGUACAGUUUAUACCAAUCGGAACCUUCUUCUAUUGUUCUGUUUGAUAAUUGGAGCGAAUCUUAUGCUGCUGAUCUUCUAUGCUAUCAUAUCUGCAAUCCCAAAAGAUUGUUCUCCUCAGAUUUCAGACUAUAAUGGAGUGAAUGAUACUCAUGAAAAUAAUAGAGCUCAGUCCCAAGUCAAUCAAACUAGCUGUAAAAGAAAAUGCUUAAAGUGAUGAAAGAAAAUCACAAACUUCAUUUCAAAAGCCUUUAAAAUGAAUGAAGGGUUUCCUUGGAAACUAUUCAUCUCUAUUUAUAUAAGAAUAAUCCUGAUGACCUUCCUUGGUUUAACUUUAACAAGUUUCAACGAAAUAUGGAGGAACACCUGCUCUGACUCAUGCUCAAUAGCAUCUCGAGUCAUUGCUUAUACUAUCUUCGUAGGCUUGAUUGCUUUCUUUGUAUUUUCGUGAAUAUAUUUCUGCUAUCAUAAUAAGAAUGAUUUCGAGGAGCUAAAUCCUGGAGAAGAUCAAAAUAGACGAAAUGAAGACCAGAUAAGGGAUGAGGAAGAGCAAAAGUAUCACCAAGAGGAAUUAAAUGAAGAAAUAGAAAAUGAGGAAAUGAGAGAUAAUAUUUACUCUGAUUCAAGAAGACUCUUUGGGGAACUAUUUAGAGGUCUUCGGAGAGAUAACAUAGCUAGAAUUUAUCAUCCUCUGAUGAUGGCGAGAAAAAUUGUGUUUGCAAUAUCUCUCAUAAUGCUCUACAGUUCAGGUGAAAUUGUAUUAUGGAUCAUGCUCCUUCUACAAAUCUUUUAUUGGGCAGCAAUCGCAAAAAUAGAAAAUUUUCCUUACAAAUCCAUAGAAUUUUUUAUGCAAUUUAUCAGCGAAACUAUCCUGCUCUUCUUAAUAAUCUUCCUAAUAAACACCACCGCCCAUGUAGACUGGACUCCUUCUGCAACCACAACUAUAAUCUACUGCACAACUCUCCACACUUGCCUCCUGAGCAUCCUCGUAAUCUGCAAAUCAGUCACACAACUGGCACUCAAAAUCAAACAAUGAUUAUCAAGUAGAAAACUGAAGUAUGCCAAAGAAAUAUCAGAGUCAGACAGAGUCGACACCAUGGUUAUUAUGAUGAACCAAGAGGGUAGUAACCAAAGCUCGUCGAGAGAAAUAUUAAACAGCAAAAACAAUAGAUUGAAGGAUAUAUCCAGAUGUAUUAAACAAAACAACAAUAGUAAGAUGGAUGUGGGAAAGACGAAUGAAACUGGCAAUAUAGAUCAUGAAAAUCAUUUCACUGAUGGUCUAGGACAAAUCGAAGAAAGAAAAAGCAAGAUUAAUAAUAGCUACAAUGAAAGUUCUUCAAGCAUUAGUGAAGAAAAUGGAGAUGAUACAGAGCUAAAAUCACCGAUGGUUCGAAUGGAAAACAGUCCUAAAGAAAAAGAAGCAAGCCAUUCGUCUCCAAAAUUCCAAAAUCCUAACCCAAUAACCCAAUUAACCCGUCCUCCUCCUCACCGACGCCCUCGUCUUAAACGCACCAAAUCCAAUCCGAAGUCAAAAGCUCAAUUAGAAGCUCUCAAAAAAACCUACUUGUCAUCUCGGAACCGAAGGACUGGAACCUCUCUACAGCGCAAAAGACUCAAAAAGGAGAGAAGCUAAACACUAAAACCAUAUUGUCGACUUAACUAGGAUCUAAUUUCAUUCAAUAAUUUAAUGACCAAAUCCUACCUCCCAAACUCUGCCUAAAAGGUUUGCAAUCCCUUAUCGCUCUUUAGUUGCCAAAAGAACAUUUUAGGUUGAAGUUGACCUACACUUGGUCGUAGGAAUUAACUGGAAGUAGGAUGAGUAAGCAAGGCUCCAGCUAGGUUAGGAGGGACAGAUUGCAAAAGCAAGGUUGCGCAUUGGGGUUAUAUUAUAUCUAAAUAUUAAAAGGAUGCAUCCUCAUUUUUAGUUUGCAGAAAUAAAAUCAUGACAUGAAUAAUUCUUUUAAUGUCUGA